CCCGGUUCCAGGGUCGUCGAGUGGCCUUGCCCGGUGCGCCGCCGGGGUCUCCGUCUCUCUGCAGGACUUACCGGGAGAUGGGGCCCGGGGCCCGCGUCUGACUCGGUUCCCGACCCUUCGUGUUCCCAGGAGCCGGUCCCGUCUUCCCCCGGCGGCUGGGAGUGGGGGCUUCCUUGUUCCCUUCUCUCUGGAGUGUCCUCUGUCUCCCUGUGGCCGCCUCUCCGCCGCUCCCGUCCGAGCUGUGGCCCUCACUCUGCAAUCUGGGCUCCACUCAUGGAUCAAAACCCACUUGCUUUCAGCCUUUGCAGCAUUUCACAGUCUUUCUAAGACAAAACUUGCUUCUCUUUUGGAAGGACCAGAAUUAAACACCCACACCCACACUCCCACAGUAGGGCUGGAUUGGUUUUAAUCAUUUCCAGGGCCAUUACCCACUCGCUGCUUUCGGUCUAAAAUAGACAUAGGUAAGCUUAGGCAUCACGGGAGCUAUCAGGCCGCGAGACCAGAAGCCAGGGAGCCUCGGAGUAGCAGAGUCACAGCUCCGGAGCUGGAACGUGCGUGGCUGCAGGACGAUGUGAUGCCUGGCCGUCGUUACACACUUCACAGCGCUGAAUGGAUUCCUUUCAAGAUUGGGCAACCCAAGAAACAGAUUGUCCCCAAAACAGUGGAGAGAGACUUUGAGAGGGAGUAUGGAAAACUGCAGCAGCUGGAAGAGCAGACCAGGAAGCUGCAAAAGGACUUGAAGAAGAGCACCGAUGCUGACCUGGCCAUGUCCAAAUCUGCUGUGAAGAUAUCCUUGGACUUGCUCUCUAAUCCCCUCUGCGAACAAGACCAGGACUUUCUGAACAUGGUGACAGCCCUGGACACGGCCAUGAAACGGAUGGACGCCUUCAACCAGGAAAAGGUGAACCAGAUUCAAAAGACCGUGGUUGAGCCCUUGAAAAAGUUUGGCAGUGUCUUCCCGAGCCUCAACAUGGCAGUGAAACGGCGGGAACAGGCCCUGCAGGACUACAGGAGGCUGCAGGCCAAGGUGGAGAAGUACGAGGAAAAGGAGAAGACAGGGCCAGUGUUGGCCAAACUCCACCAGGCCCGAGAAGAGCUCCGGCCCGUUCGGGACGACUUUGAGGCCAAGAACAAGCAGCUCCUGGAUGAGAUGCCGCGGUUCUACAACAGCCGACUUGACUACUUCCAGCCCAGCUUUGAGUCCCUGAUCCGAGCGCAGGUUGUCUACUACUCUGAAAUGCAUAAGAUCUUCGGAGACCUGACCCAACAGCUUGACCAGCCUGGCCACCCUGAUGAGCAGCGGGAGCGGGAGAAUGAAGCUAAACUGAGCGAGCUCAGAGCCCUCUCUAUUGUGGCUGAUGACUGAGCCCCGCCCCUCGGGACACCCCUGGAACACAAGUUGGCUUCCCUAGUCUCUGCCCUUUUCAAGCUUAGGCUCAGGCAUCGGCCAGCGCAAGGCCAUCCCUGGGAGAAGGCCCCUACCCUACCUCACCAGCCCUUUGGAAUGAGCCUGGCGCCUGGAGCCCUAAGCAGGCUGCUGUCUCCCCACCCAUAGCAGGAGCCUGCAGACAGGUAAGCAGCCUCUAAAACCCAAGAGGCUUUCUUACUUCCAGAAGAACCGUCCAAAGUGCCUCCUGGUCCAGGGCCAGAGCAGGCUGCCCGCAUGCAGGGGACAUGGGCUCCGCCAGCUCACCAGCGGGCUCCGCCUUGUGGGCAUGGCUGGGAUCACAUCUACCUCCAAAAGACCGUCCUGGGCACCACCCACCCUGCUGCCCUCCUACUUCUCUCCUCUCCUGGGAGAGGCCCACAACACUGUCCUGAAAAUGAGUGCUGUGGUCCCCCAGCCUUGACAGGCCCCUCACUCUAGGCUCCCAGCACGACAAAGGCUGGCUUUUGUCCUUUUGGUCAAGUGCAGGGAAGAUCCCGUCUUGUAGGUUCUCUAGGAAAUGGAUUCAACUCCUGUAAAUGUCCAAUCCACAGGCCUCAAAGCAACAACAGUGGGUUUGUCUCUCACCUGAAUAUUUGGAAUUUUUUUUCCAGUAAAGUUUUCAAUAAAAUGUUUUUGUGCUGUAACUAAGGAAAGGA